AUGUGUUCUGCAGAGGUUGAUCUGGUGGAGUCUCUCAACAUCCCUGCUGGAUUCGAGUGGCUGCGUCUGCUCUACUCGUGCCGCUGCAAGAAGUAUGGAAGAGAGGACGCAAUGGAGCAACAGCUGAAGCUACUGGAAGGCCCGUCGCCUCUCUCCAACCAGCCAGCCCGUCUCGGCAACAGACGAAUCUCUGCUCGCCCCACAUCCACACCCUCGCAAACACCUGCACCUGCCGCUGCCACAACUGCUGCUGCUGCUGCUACUAGUGGAGGUGCUGCUGUGAAUGACACUGAUCGGGGAGUGGGUGGCAACGAGGAGAGGGUUGGGAAGAAGGCGGGAGUAGGAGUUGGGCUAGGGUGGGCCUCGAAGGACGGUGGUGGUGGUGGUGGUGGUGGUGGUGGUGGUGGUGGUGGUGGUGGUGGUGGGGGUGGGGGGUGGGAGGGGGAGAGGGAGGACAGUGGAGCAAGGGUUGCUGGGCGGCAGUGGUGCACCGAGGUGAUGGGAUGGGAUGGGAUCUCCUCCCUCCUUCCGUCCUCUGCCCUUGCUGCUCCUCUGCCCUUGCUGCUUCUCUGCCCUUGCUGCUUCUCUGCCCUUGCUGCUUCUCUGCCCUUGCUGCUCCUCUGCCCUUGCUGCUUCUCUGCCCUUGCUGCUUCUCUGCCCUUGCUGCUUCUCUGCCCUUGCUGCUUCUCUGCCCUUGCUGCUGCUCUGCCCUUGCUGCUCCUCUGCCCUUGCUGCUUCUCUGCCCUUGCUGCUUCUCUGCCCUUGCUGCUUCUCUGCCCUUGCUGCUUCUCUGCCCUUGCUGCUUCUCUGCCCUUGCUGCUGCUCUGCCCUUGCUGCUUCUCUGCCCUUGCUGCUGCUCUGCCCUUGCUGCUUCUCUGCCCUUUUCAUCCAGGCUUGCUGUGUCUAUCUCCUCCCUCCUUCCUGUUCAUCUCCCUCCUCCACCCUUCCCAUGGCAGUGUCUUGGGUCGAGAUCCCCACAACACUCGCUGCAUUCCCACCCACCUGGUAGCAGCGGUGCACCUGGGCAGGAGGAACGAGCUUUUCAGAGCGGCACACCAGCUGGUGGACGACCAUCCCAACACAGCGCUGGCGUGGUUCGCAGUGGCGUGCUACUACUACAGCACUCGGCAGCACGACCAGGCGAGGCGGUUCUUCUGCAAGGCCACCACCGCCAGCGCUACCUUCGCCCCCGCGUGGAUGGGCUUUGGGCACACGUAUGCGGCUCAAGAGGAGACGGAUCAGGCCAUGGUGGCAUAUCGCACAGCAGUGCGGCUCUUCACAGGCUUCCAUGUGCCUCUGGUGUGCAUUGGCAUGGAGUAUGCACGCUCUAACAACCUCAGCUUGUCGUUGCAUUUUCUGGAUGAGGCACGCAGGCUGUGCCCCUCGGAUCCACUAGUGCAUAACGAGCUAGGAGUCAUUGCGUACAGGAGCCUUGAUUUCACCUCAGCAGCGCGGCACUUUGAAAUGGCUCUGCGGCUGGUGGCUGGUUACGGAGCAGCAGCGGGGGAGGGAGGGGGGGCAGAGAGCGAGGGGGGGAGGGGGAGCUCGAAUGCGGCAGCAGGGCGGCAGGCUGUGGUGGCGGAGUCGCUGGGUUUGUGGGAGUCAACCGUGGUCAACCUCGGUCACUCGUACCGGAAAAUGAGGAGAUACGGCGAUGCGCUGAUGGUGUAUGAGCAGGCUCUCUCUCUCCGCCCCAACACUGCCAGCACCUUUGCAGCCAUGGCCUUCACCCACCACCUGCAGGGAAACCUCAUCCCCGCUAUUGAGUUCUACCACAAGGCGCUGGGGUUGUGUCCGGGAGACAGCCUGUCGGCUGAGAUGCUAGGUCAAGCACUGCAGGACGAGUGUGCUCUUAUGUCGACUGCUGCUGACGACCAUGUGGGGCCUGAUGCUGUCUUACCGCCUCUGAAUGCAUGA